CCGCAGCCGACAUGGGCGCCGCCGCGUGGGCACCGUUGCCUUUGCCGCCGCGCCUGUCCCUCCUGCUGCUGCUUUUGCCGCUCCCAGGGCUGCCUGCAGGCUCUUGGGAUCCGGCGGGUUACCUGCUCUACUGCCCCUGCAUGGGACGUUUUGGGAACCAGGCUGAUCACUUCUUGGGCUCCCUGGCAUUUGCCAAACUGCUGAACCGCACCUUGGCAGUGCCGCCCUGGAUUGAGUACCAGCAUCACAAGCCUCCCUUCACCAACCUCCACGUGUCCUACGAGAAGUACUUCAAGCUGGAUGCCCUCCAGGCCUACCAUCGGGUCAUCAGCCUGGAGGACUUCAUGGAGAAGCUGGCCCCCACCCACUGGCCCCCCGAGAGGAGGGUGGCAUACUGCUUUGAGGUGGCGGCCCAGAGGAGCCCUGAUAAAAGAACGUGCCCCAUGAAGGAAGGAAACCCCUUUGGCCCAUUCUGGGACCAUUUCCAUGUGAGCUUCAACAAGUCAGAACUUUUUGCGGGCAUUUCCUUCAGCGCUUCCUACAAGGACCAGUGGAUCCAGAGAUUUCCCCCAGAGGAACACCCGGUGCUCGCCCUGCCAGGGGCCCCAGCCCAGUUCCCGGUCCUGAAGGAGCAUCGGCAGCUCCAGAAAUACAUGGUGUGGUCGGAGGAGAUGGUGCAGGUGGGACAGGCCCAGAUCCACACCCAUCUCAGCCGGCCCUACGUGGGCAUUCACCUGCGCAUCGGCUCGGACUGGAAAAAUGCCUGCGCCAUGCUGAAGGACGGGACAGCAGGCUCCCACUUCAUGGCCUCACCGCAGUGUGUGGGCUACGGCCGAGGCACAGCGGCACCCCUCACCAUGACCAUGUGCCUCCCGGACCUCAAGGAGGUACGGCGCGCCGUGAAGCUCUGGGUGCAGGCGCUCAACGCCCAGUCUGUCUACAUCGCCACGGACUCUGAGAGCUACGUGCCCGAGAUCCAGCAGCUCCUCAAAGGGAAGGUGAAGGUGGUGAGCCUGAGACCCGAGGUGGCCCAGAUCGACCUGUACAUCCUUGGCGAAGCGGACCACUUCAUCGGCAACUGUGUCUCCUCCUUCACCGCCUUCGUGAAGCGGGAGCGGGACCUCCAGGGGAAGUCAUCCUCCUUCUUCGGCAUGGACAGGCCCCCUCAGCCGAGGGAUGAGUUCUGACCCGAGCCCUCCAGCCAGGCCUGGCCGUCAAGGUGACCCCAGGGCCCAUCCCUCAGGGCGUGAGCUCUUCUGCCUGCCUGCCAGGGACUUCCUGAAGAGGAGAGGGGCCCAGGCCCGCUGAGCUGCUAGCUGCUGGAGCCUCUCCCCUCCCAUUCCAGUCCCACCGUUUCUCAGGCCACUCUGUCUCCUAGCCUGCCCUGUUCAAAGCAGCGCGGCUGCCUCACUGUCCUCAGAGGACUUCAGUGGUUUUCCUACACGACUGACCGCUCUAGACCGCUCCCUCGUUUCCACCAGCACGUGUACCUAAAGUGACCUUAACUGGAUGUGGAUGAGGCUGGGGCUGGACGUAUUGACUACGCCUCCAGACAACCUGUCCUGGCUACCAGACCAGAGCCAUUGUCACCCCCCCUUCCUCAGCCACUCUUUGGAUGGAUGUCUUGGGGCAUGGAGACCCUGCUCCAUGGCACUGAGCUCCCCUGGCAGCUAGGACCUGCUCUCAUGGCACUUCCCAGCCAGGAGCACCCAUCCUUGGGCUGGGGAUGAUGGCAUUGCCACCCUGGUUGGUGGCGUGUCAUCAGUCCGACACCACUGGGUGCUCAGAACACAUGCUUGAGAGCCAGGGUGCGCUGGCCUGCCAGGCUCCUGUGGAAGGCUGCCCGCUCCCCUCUGACCUCCUGUCCCGCACUCCUGCAACAGCCUCUGACCUGCUCUGGGUGGGGGGCAGCAGGAGUCCCUGAUGGGAUGCAGUUUGUGCCUCCCCAUCCAGUGCCUUCACGCCGCCAGCCCCAUGAGGCCUAAGAUGGCCCACGUCAGACGUCUGUCACCCAGCUGCUGCUGUUUAAAUGCGUGACGCCCAAGCGUGUGCUCUUGGGACUCUGG